UCUGUCAGCGCCUUCAAAGACCUGCAGCAUCCCUUGGACAGAUUCUGCCGCUGUCACCGCUGCCACCUCUGCCGUCCCCAACGCCACCUCCUCAGGGCCAGCAAGAUGCAGUAUGAGAUGCACGACCGCGUGAAAGGCAAAGCCAUGUCCUACCCAGUGACCACCCAGCCCCAGUGUGCCAGCAACAACUGCUACCAGACCCAGUCCAGUGACUGGCACACCGGUCUCACGGACUGCUGCAACGACAUGCCCAUCUGUGAGUGCCCGUGCCCGCGGCCCCUCCAGCCUGAGGGAAGCGGCUCUGUCGGGCAAGACUGGGCGGCCCUCACCUUUUGCUUGCCCUGCGCCCUCUGUCAGAUGGCGCGGGAACUGAAGAUCCGAGAAUAAAGGAGCCUUCCCCCUCUGGCUGCCUGCUCUCCACCCCCUGGAAGGGCCUGCCCCUGCCGCCUCUAGAAAUACACCC